CCUGCCGAUAGCAAGUCCGCUACGGGCAGUGUGACCAAGCGAUUGGGCAAUGAACUGAUGGCGCUAAUGAUGUCAAGCUCGCCCGGGAUUUCCGCAUUUCCGAAAUCAGAUGCGAACUUGUUUGACUGGAUUGGGACCAUAGAGGGAGUCCCUGGAACAGUAUACGAGAAUUUGAAAUACAAGAUCUCGAUCCAUUUCCCCAGCAACUAUCCAUUCAUUGCGCCCAUCAUUCGCUUCGAAACGCCCUGCUACCAUCCCAACGUCGAUUUGCAUGGCAACAUAUGUUUGGAUAUCUUAAAGGAUAAGUGGUCGGCGGUUUACAGUGUCACUACCAUCCUCCUAUCGCUCCAGUCGCUCUUGGGAGAACCAAACAAUGAUUCCCCGCUCAAUAUCGAUGCGGCAGACCUGUGGAGUAGCCAGCAAGCAUUCAAAGAACAGGUCCUCAGACAUUAUCAACCUCUGGUGGCGGAC